AUGAUUCCAGGAAGUGGAAUUUCCAUUGGCUACAUAAUUGCUCGUGGCGCUGGGCUUGUGAUGCGCUUGUGCAUGAAGGGCAUCGACGUGCCGCCGUUGGGAGGUUGGUCCAGAUUCUUCGGUUAUGAUGUCAGUAUUUCGACAACGUUGCGAAGAUACAUGAUUGGCUUGAUCGAUGGGGAUGAUGCCACGGUCGCAAUUCUGGCGACAGCGAUGCUGGAGCUGCUUCUCAACGGCAUUUCCGUGCUACUCGCCGUGUACACCUUCAACAAACACACCCCGCAGUCUCAGGACGUCGCGAUGGUGCACGUGGACGUGUUCUUAGGAUCCAUCGUGAGCGAGAUGCUGUCGGAACAUAUUGCGCUGCACAGUUGCCUUAGCUAUGCUUUAUUCGCCGAGCCCCGUAUUUACAGCAUAGGUGAGAUCAGGAGUGCAAAGGUGAUCGUCAGUAAUUGGGUCAUGUCUUUUGUUGUGGAGUUGAUCGUCGAUGGAGUCUGCAUCUGGAGCAUUGUUCUGAUGCUGUCUAAUAGUUUAAAUGGAUUGGUCACAAGAGUUAGGACGUCGACAAUCAUGUUAAUAUUUUCGCUGUGUGCCACUAUUCAUCUGCACUUUAUUGAAUCGCUUC